CUGUUCAGUAAAAAACAUUUGCUAGUUUAAUCUAGUUUGUAUUAAGAAAAACUAGAGUAGCCACUAUUAUGGAUCGAUCAAAUAUAAGACUCUACGUUUUUCUGAUCUGUUUUAGUUUGACUUUACUCAACUAUGCAAAAUGCUCUAACGAGGACAUCUUUGCCAAAGUGGUGGACCUCGUGUCGCCAGGUGAAGUGCAUCUAACUGAGAAAAGUGUUGGAGUCUUGUUGACGCAGUUGGAGAAACGUGUGCAAUGCAGCGAUGUGUCGUGUGGAAAGUGCCUCUCUGCGGACCACGUGGGUCAGCUGGUCGCUAACUACUCCACGACUCAGGAGGUGCACGCGGGCGACUUCCCCCGGCUGGCCGCGGGGUGCUGCCUGUACCUCAUCGACCCCCUGCGGGCCUGCGGGGCCGCGAGCGCCGGCCGCUGGGGCGAGGAGACCGAGGAGUUCAUCCACCAGCUCGCCCACGGGGACCACAUCGGCCACGGGGGACACGAGGAUCACGAGGGCCAUGAGAGUAGCGCCGUGGAGAGGCUGCUCCAUGGCCUGGAGGAGCACUACCUCCCAGAGAGCAAUCAGGCCUGUGUCACCAUGGCAGACCUUCUGGAAGAGAGCAACUCCACGAGUCAUGAGCACCAUAGCGAUCACCGUGACAACAGUGGUGAGCAACACAGCGGUGGGCACCACGAACACGACGAGCUGGACGGCCUAUUUGGGGUGGUGUUCUACCACGCCCUGAGAGGGGACUGCAUGACCACACUGGAGCUGCCAGAGGAGGCCUACUUCCUGGACUACAUCUUUGGAACGUUUGGAUCUGAUAACGUCACUCUACAAGACCUAGAGAGUCUGAUGAAGUCUCUAAACCUGGGGGAGAGGCAGUUGUCGAGCAACGACCACGACCACGACCACGACCACGGCCACGAACACGGCCACGACAGCCAUCACGAGGAGCCCCAUGAUCAGGCCGGGCACCAGGGCCACCGGGGCCAGUCCAGCCCCAGGCAGGGCCAUGAGGAGGGGCAGCCGCGCAACAGCAGCUGGGAGCAGAGCUGCUACAGUGCAGGGGAGUUGAUGAGGAUCUACCACCUGAACAGCUCCAAUCUGACCCGGGAUCAGUUCACCAGCCUCAGCCCGGCGCUGGUCCAGCAGCUGGUCAGCGGCGCAUGCAACGCCACGGCACCCCCCGUAGUCCACCCUGAAGACGUCCUCACCAUGACCGAGAGAUACCUGUACGCCACCAUGGCCAACCUGCUGAUCUGCCUGACGGCUCUGUUUGGGAUCGUGGUGCUGCUCUGCACCUCCUGCAGCAGCAUCUUCCAGCUCUGCAUCCAGUUCUGCAUCAGCCUGGCCGUGGGCUCGCUCACCGGAGACGCCCUGCUACAUCUCCUGCCCAUAUUCCUCGGCCUACACGUCCAUGGCACGGGCGAGAGCGGAGGAGGACAUGACUUGACGUACAUUUAUAAGAUGUUGGUGCUGCUGGCCGGGAUCUACUACUUCUACCUGAUGGAGGCCAUCUUCGCCAUCGUCUCCCAUAGAGACAAGCCCCACCAUCACCAUCAGCACCACCAUGGGGAGGACUCCGAGCCUCAUCACUGUGACCAUGGAAGAGUGAUCCAGAUGUACCAGCAGGAGAAGAAGCACAAACACUCCACCUCUCAGGCAGACCUGGUGGAGGCGGAGGACAAUGAGAAAUCAUUCCCUCAGGAGAAACCUCGCACCCAAAAAGAGAAAAUGCUUCCCUACAUGAUCACCAUCGGUGACGGGAUACACAACUUUGCGGACGGCCUGGCUAUCGGCGCGGCCUUCUCCAUGUCCUGGAAGUCAGGCCUGGCCACGUCUCUGGCUGUCCUCUGUCACGAGCUGCCCCACGAGUUGGGUGACUUUGCCAUUCUCCUGCACUGCGGCAUGUCUGUGAAGAAGGCCUUGCUGCUCAACAUGGCCAGUGCCAUGACCUCCUUCAUCGGACUCUACAUCUCGCUGUCCGUCGCCACAGACGCGGCAACAAAAGAGUGGAUAGCGGCCGUAACAGCUGGCUUGUUCCUUUACGUGGGCCUAGCAGACAUGCUUCCUUCAAUGGUGCACGUGAACAGCCCAAGGCCCUGGUUGGUGUUUGUGUUACAGAAUUUAGGCCUUUUGACCGGGUGGGGCGUCCUUUUGCUCCUCUCCCUUUAUGAGGACCAGAUUGGAGUCUUCUAGAGACUGGAUGUUUUUUUUUUUGUCAUGUUGUUUGUUUGUCUGUAUGCUAUUUGUGGUUGUUUUAAGAAUUAAUAUAUUUUCUCAACUGAAAUGAUGAAUUUAAAUGGAGAUCCUUUUUAUGUUCGAUACAUAGGGGAGUUUUGAUCGGAGGUGGAAAACUCCAGCUUCAGAAAGUAAAAGUCCAAUCAUGAAUUGGUUCUGCCUGCAGAUUGUUUAAAGGUGACAUAGAAUGGAAAUCAUUUUUUCUUGGUUUUCAUGAAUUAUGAGAGGUUGUGCAUAAACAAGAGCUAACAUGAACAUGAGGGAUGCUUGUGCCCUCCUUCAUACAUGUAUGAAAAUCUUGAAAUUAGAAAUAGACACUAAAAAUGGGCGAUUCAGCAAAACUGCUUGCUUGUGGUGUCAGACCUCGCAAAGCCAUUGAAGUUCAAUUGGGGUUGCCAAAGAGGGCGCCAUUUAGUCAAACAGACCAUUUCAAUACCCAGCCUAAAUACAGUAUAUGGUUUUAAUUAGUCUUGUAAAAUUGCAAUUGAGUUUAUUUUUUAAAUCAAAGUUGAAUAUAUACUAUUUUAAAAUCAGAGAACACAGUGCAAUACUCAAUUCAUCCAUUCUAUGUCCUCUUUAAUUGACAAAUGUUACUUGCAACCAAACAGAAUCAUUCAGACACAGGAACUCAGGAACCAUGGAACUGCCAAACAACAUUACAAGAAAUGCUUCAGAAAGUAGAAGUCCAAUCAUGUAUUGGUUGUACCUGUGUACUUAACACAGGUGAUCUCAUCAAUUAGCUGCUCUACCUCACUGAAGAGUUGUGCUAAUUAGAAUUAGCUGGUUUAAGAGAGUGGUUGGCACAGAUAUGUGGUAGAAUUUUUUACUUUCUGAAGCUGGACUUUUCCACCUCUGGUUUUGAUACACUGGAUGUGUCAGUUCAGCGUUGGGAAAGGUGCUGAAACUCAAACUGUUAGAAGAGUGGAAAACCCAGAAUUAAGCAAUGCUUUAAGCAAGCCUUCAGUUAAACAGUAGUUUAGGAGUGUAGGAUUCUUAUCUUGAGUAAAUGUGUGUCAAAAUGAAUGAAAGCUUUACUAUUACGUUUGACUUUACACAACCAGUAUAUUGGUCCAUGUAGCAGUGAACUAUGAACUUCAUGUAGCCCCCAAUACCUCUAUGGUAAAGCUUUCACGUGGACAUAAGCAGGUCUCACAAGAAGUCGACUGCAUAUUUCCCAGCACUACAGAGUUUGCGCAGAUGAACAGCAACAGAGUGAGAACAAAAUGCACUCUAUUCAAGUUAACAGAGUUAUUCAUCUCCUGAGAAGCUGUGUGUGGCUCAGAUAUCCUAUUUUCACAACACAUAACCAGAUCAAGCCAUCUGUGCAAUUACCAUUCUUUUUGU